AUGGUCUCUUGGCUCUCGGAGGGGUCUUCUGGAAUCGUGGCUUCAGACCUGUUGGGUGAAUGGCUGGAUGGGCAGGACAACGAUGUUGUCGUGCAGUCUGGUCCCGAGCGUUCCCGGCCACUGACUGCCCGUUUGGCUCGUCGAGGGGGCCGUGAACAGGUGCUGUCUCUGCGGCGAGAGCCUGAAUCCGAUUGCUGGGCGUGUGGAAAUGCUGUUUUAGACAAAGCCGCCUCUACGACGAAUGUCCUAGUCUGGGCUGCAUACGACGGCCGCCGGAGCGUCUGGCGCAGGAAAGAGGUGUCGGAGCAAGCCGAGCCCAACGAUCUGCUCCCGUGGUUGCUGAAAGCUCCGGCUUUGUUAGGUGCCUCCAAAGGAGAUGAGGAACAACAGCCGCAGGCCAAAGCUGCCAACGGCCGAGUUGCAGAAGGUUUUGCGCCGCCUCCACGUCGGCAGAGGAAUUGGAGCUCGAUCUCCAUGGACAGCGAUGUAGCCGGAGUUUUCGUCGGACAAGCAGACGGGGAGGAUCCAAAGGAUGGGGAAGAAGGAGCUCCAACAAUGAGUGACCACGAAACGCCACAGGAUCGGCCGCAAGCAGAGGAAGCAGCGCGACUUCCAGCAGUUUUCGACACUGACAAUGCCUCAGCCGAUGCGGCCAGAGUCUCCGCAAUCCUGGACGCGCGGCAGGUGCUUGGAUCGGCGAGCAACUUCCAGGAGAUUUUUAGCCAUCUCCUGAUCGACCACGACUUGCUGUGCCAAGAGGGAGAGGACCCCAUGGUCCCCUCAAUUGAUUCGGCGCUUUGGCAGAGGCUGCCGGAUGCACCUCGUCGCAACGUCCUGCACCGACUUGCAGCGUUCCAGAACAGCAGUUUCGUUCCCGGCAGCUACGUGGCGGAGUUUCCUGCCGGGAAUUGGAGCGAGCUCUUCGUGGGCCGCCACCGCUUCCCGGUGCUGCAGACGGACAUCCAGGCGUUGCUGCGACGCUACACUCUGUCAGCGGACAAUGUCGCUUCUCGUGCCUCUGCCAUGGCACGUGUCUUCGCGCUCUACCGGGCGCUAGAGAACCCAGUGUUGACUGCCGGUCAAAGAAGUUCACACCAGCUUUGUACCUGGCGGCCGUCCUCGAAAGAAGCAGCCGACGUGGAGUACGAGCUCUUCGCGUCGCCCUUCAAUGCUCGAGUCAGCAACGGCAAGUAUGCUUCCCGCUUCCCUCAUGCCGAGAAGAUCUUUGGCUCGGCGGGCUCGUAUCCGGAUGUACUUGACGAGUGGCCAUCCACCGCUGUGGUGUCGGUCAAUCCGCCAUUUUCGGAUGCGUACUUGGACGAUGUUGUGGGCAAGCAGCUGGACCGAAUUGUCGCGGGCUUCAAGAAGGUUCAUCUUUUCGUGCCUGUUCGUGAUGCGCCUUGGCGAAAGCAACUGCGGCGUCUUUCCAAUGCGCGGUUUGUACAGGACUUCUUCGAUGCAACGGCAUUGAAGGACCGGCAUUUGGAGCAGCCGGUGCUUCACUGGGAGGUUGGGCACCGCGCAGACUCCUUGCCAUGCUCUCUGCAAAUGCAUCAUGCAGCGGACCUUGACAUACCUUUGUACAGCACCCGCAGCGAGAACGCUGUCCGUAAAUGCGCAGCGGCUGCUUCAGCCGACAAGCCAGCACUGCGUACCAUACGCAAGCUAGUCACGAAUUUGCCUUCGUGGAAGGGCCAGUGCUUCUUGAAGUCUGAGUCAACGGCUCAUCAGCUGAGAUUUGACCGAACAAACUCUGCAGCUGAUGCCAACAUCUGUACUCCACUACAGAAUUGGUUCAUCGCAGCUGCGAUGGUCUCCGAGGUUCAGCGCCGUCGCACAGCAUCCGAGAAGAUCCGAGAAGAAGCCACCAUUUCAGUGCGAAUUUCUGCUUCAAAGGCGAGCUGGUUUCGAGCCGGCCGAGAUGCGGAUCCAAAGCCGGCCGAGAAGGCCGCGGCCGCAACGACGGCAGCCCUCGACUCCGCCGAAGUUGGAGGCUAUGCUAAGCCUGCCAGGCUGCGGCGGCAGCCGACUCCCCCGAGGUCGGAAGAUGAAGGCCCGCGGUCGGCCAAAGCUGCCAAGCAAGAGCAAAACACGCGGACGCCGGUCGAAGUCACCUUGGCGAAAUCCGGAGGCAAGGGCGGAAAGACGGGCAAGGGCCGGAACCCCGGUCUCUGGACGGGCACUCAGGAGACGAAGGUAACCAGCUUCUUCAGCGCGAAAGGAGCGGGUGGCCCGGAAGCAGGCAAAGGCGAAAAGCCGAAGAAAGGCUCCCAGAAAGGACUGGGUUCGAACAGAACCAAGACCAGGCUCCCUGGCGUCCCGGAGAUCCAAGUGGCAGCAUCCCCGAAGUUUGCCAGUCGGCGUGACCUGCUUUGUGGAGGACGGUGUACGGGUGGACUUCGGCUGCGUGGUCGAGGCGAUUUGUUAGUGUCCCUAGUUGUUGACGAGAUUGAUGUGAAGGAAGAGCACGUCGUCUUGAAGUUCGUGGAUGAUGCCGGUUGGGAGGAGGAGUACUGCUCUGAUGGCUACUGUGAAACAGAUGUCGAAGAGAUUUCAGGGAAGUCUUCCCAGAACCAGACGAGGCUCACACGCUCUGAGAUGAGAGGUGAGCCAGAUUCAGGCGGCGAUCAGGACGAGCUGGUGGCGGAACUGCUGCCUGACAUCCUGAAGGUGCAAGAGAACGCGCAGAGCGAGACCUCUCGUUCCAGUGCAGAGGAGGAGGAGUCCCGCCCUGCCGAUCCUGUGGAGACUGAGACUCAAGGACCGGUGCAGGACUCUGAGAUAAAGGAGGAUGCGAGCCGCGCAGCCCUUCACAGUCCGCCUAUCAAGAGCCUUCUGCGGCAGCUGGCUUCUGGCGAGCCCGGUGCGGCAGAAGAGUGUGGGAAGGUGGUUGCCGCUACAGAGCGGCCGGUCCAGGCCUGCGCAGCUGUCAGUGCUGCACUGCGAGUCUUGCUGCGAGAGCCCUCCACGGCCCUGGCCGCCUUGAGAGGCAUGAUCAGCUUGCACGAAGAAGUUGGUCGCGUCGGACCCCCCAGCGCAGAGCUUCGAGAUGUCCGAAACCUCCCGGUGCUCUUGGACAAGUUCGGGAGCCGGCAGCGAGAUGUGCAGGUUGCUGCAGAAGAUGCAGCCGAGACGCUCAUCGCGAGACUGAACCCGCGGCCGGACUCCUCCCGUAGGGGAAAGCGUGGCUCUCCAAGCAGACGCAAGGAGCCUGUCAACAUCGUCCAUGGCAGCAAUGAGCCAGCACCAAUUGCAGGCUCGGUUCUGUCGGGGCCCGGGCAAUUCCGGAACUAUGCUUCCGAUGCGCGAUACACGGAGAGCGACCCACUCCGUCAAGCAGAGCCUAAGCACACCAGCUCGAUGCCGUAUGCCCUUGGGCCAGCGUCCAAUACCUCGAGCUUCCGGACGCUGGACAUCGCGAAGGCCAAUGAGCAGCGGCAGAACUGGACAAAGAUUGACACCUUCCUGACACCAGCUGGGCAUUCAGACUUCGAUUCUUUUGGGCGUUCUCCUCGAAGGGGCACUAGCCCCUCCCGCCACGAGGCCAGUGCCAGAAGCAUUCUCGCCGAGGAGAUGUGGACCGAUCUAUCGUCGAAGCUGGAUCAGCUGCGGGUCCAGAUCAAUCAAGAUACUCAAAGCUUACUUGAGCCUCUGCAGAAGGAAUUGGAUUCUGAGAUCUCGAAGACGAAGGAGAUGGUUCAGACAGUCCGAAACGAUAACCUCAAGGCGUUUGAGGAGAUUAGGCGGCUUCGGUCAAUGGAGCAGCACAAGCACAUGCUCCAAGCAUACCCCGCACCCGUCGAGAAAGACGUCCUGGAGGCAGAGUUCAAAAACACCAACGGGUCGAUUCAGGCGCUGUCUGAUGCCGUCUCGCAGAUAGGCGAGGAAAUCUCGCAUCUGAAGGCCAACGAGCCGGUCUUUGGCCGACGAAUGCAUCCCUCCAUGCCCCAAGCGCCCCAAGAUACGAAAAGCUUGAACAAGUCCGAUCUGGACGACAUGUUCCAGACAGUUCGUGACAUGGUUGCGGACAUCGACUUUUCUGAGCUAUUGGAGGGAGUGAAGGAGAUCAUCCCGGUGGCGGCUUUCAGAGAAGCGUUCGCUCGAACGGAGGCACGUCUCUCCGAGAUGGGCGAAGAGAUUCGCAAGAUACACGAAGAGGUCCAAGACCGACAUGUAGAGGUGGACUUCCAGCCAGUGCUGGAGGCCGUUACUGCAAAUGACGACCUGCGCAGCUCCACCGAACAGAUGUUGAACUCCGUCAAGGAGUUGCAGGCGCAGAUAGCAACAGAGUUCGAAACCAUACCAGGCAUCGUAUGGGCUCGGCAACCUGCCAUCGACUUCAGUCCCGUGCUGGAGAGCAUCAUCGAGAACAAAGUGUCUGUGGACUUCUCGCCAGUGCUGACAGCCGUGAACGAACUGACCCUGCAAGAGGACAUGUCCAAGCAGUUCGCUGCCAUUUUAGAGGAGAUCGAUCGCAAACAGGGGCAGAUCGACUUCUCUGAAGUGCUGGACGAGAUCCGCACGACGAAGAUGAAGGUAGACUUCGCUCCGGUGCUGUCCAGCAUAGAUGAUGCUGCAGAGACCACUUGCCAGACGAUUGCUGAAGGACUGAAGACUUCCUUGAAUCCCUUGGCAGAGUCCAGCGCGAGCAUCCUGGAAAUGCUGCAGGAGAAAUCACAAGACCAGUCCGUCAAAACUGGUCUAGCUGGUCUGAAGGACAUGACCGCACGGCUCUCGCAGCAGUUCUCCAUUCUGUUGCAAACCGUCUCGGAAGAGAAGGAAGCCAAGGUGGACUUCUCUCCGGUGUUGGAUGCCAUUGCAGACAACAAGGUGCACGUCGACUUUACAGAAGUCCUUGCAGCCAUCAAGAAGCAUGGCGACACCACCGAGAUUACCGACGACAUCACCCGCCUCAUCAAGAACGUUCAGGAGAUGAAAGUACAAGUUGACUUCACGCCAGUUCUUCGAGGCCUUCGAGAGGUGAAAGUCGACACAGUUUUCGAAGUGCUGAACGCCCUUCGCGACCAGCGAACAGACAUUGGAGAGCUGAAAGACGGCUUGGUCCGGCACUUGGAGGAGGUGCAAAGCCAUCUGCGGGGCUUGCACGAAGGUUUGCACUCCGAGUCCAAGGAGGCUCUCACGUCCAAAGUGGUGGAGGCUGUGCGGUCGGUGGAAAUCAAGAUCAAUCUUGCUGAGAUCCUCGAUGGCCAAGCGGCGCAAAAAGACCAUCUGGACCAGUGCCUCCAGGACAUGCAGGAACGGCUGGAAACAGACAUCAAGCUCAGCUUGGACCAAGUGCGCGACUUUCUCGGGUCCCUGCAGCAAGACGAGCAACAGCUCGCCGUCAAAUUCGACAACAUUGCGGUGGCGGUCAAGGGUCUGCAGGAGAUACCGCAGCCUGACUUCUCGCUCAUCCUUCAAGCAAUUCAGGAGAAACAGUUCGCUUUCGACGAUGCUGCCAUCCUUCAUGCGCUUGAAGACCAGGCCGUCGGUCAGGAGCAGAUGCAUGAGGAGCUGAAGGAAACAGUCACCAGCUGGCAUAGGCAUGCAGAGGCCUUGAAGAUGGUGAUCCGGGAGAGAGUAGACAGCGUGCUCAAAGCCGUCUCCGCCAGUGGAGAAGCUGCAGACAUGCUUUCGCUGCGCACCGAUGUCUCCCAGGUGCUGGAUGAACUGAAGCGCUAUGUCACCAAAGAGGAUCUGGAAGAGCAGUACUCGAACCUCCUACGGUCCAUCGAAGCGAUGCAGAUCCAGCAGAUGGAGUCGCAGAGCUCCCGGAUGCUCACGAUAGACCUCGAAAGGAGGGUGUCUGACACCAUGGAGGCGCUACAGGAGCAGAAGGACAGCGACCGUGCUGUGCAUACGGUCGUGAAGGAGCAGAUGCACAAGUUGAGACAUGACUUCCUUUCGAAGUUUCAGGCCAUGUGGGAUGCUCAGGAGAAGGACCGCAGCUCUGCAGCGAACCUCCUCGAAGAGCAGAUGCAACGUCUGAAAGCUGAGCUAUCCGGGGAUGUUUCGGCGCAUCUUCGCAUGGAUGUGCAGAAAGUGCACGCCGACUUAUUGCCACAGCUCCAUGAUUUUCAGACGAACUUCCUUGCGCAGUUCAAGGAUGUCAAAGUCCAAGUGGAUCACUCGGAGGUGCUCCAAGCGAUCCAAGAGCAGGGCAAGGAAUCAAAGCUGGAAAGCUCUGUCGCGCAAGUGCUAAGUGCGAUCCGCUCACAGCCUGCCAGUACGGAUUUGACGCCAGUUCUGAACAGCAUUCGCGAGACACAAGAGCUCACCCAGGGGCUCAGCUAUUCGCUUCGCUCCUGGCGUGCAGAAAUUGCAUCAAAUGUGAAUGCACCUGGCAGCAGUGACACAAGCGACCAUGUUCAGCCCCCGGCAGUGUCUUGGGAGUCUCACGAGGUGAUGUCUGAUAUGCUGAGUGACAAGCUGAGCCAUAAGACUGCCGCAAUACAGCAGUUUCUGCAAAGCAUCUUUCAGAGACUGGACUUCUCGGCUGUGUUACUGGCAAUCGGGGAGCAGACCGCAGACGUGAAGGCGGCACUGGCUGAGCAGCGUGGUCAGGUGACCGGCAAGCUCCAGUCCCUGCAGCAACAGCUGCAACAGCUGCAAGGACUGGAGCCUGGAUCGGCCGCCAUGAGAGAAAGACCGACCGGGACCGGGCAAGACAUGGACUUCUCGGAAGUCUUAGCCGCCAUUAGAUCUGUACGCCCAGCAGCCGGGCCUCAGAUGGAUCUAUCUGAGGUCUUGGAUGCAAUCAGGGCUGUUCCUGCACAGGUGGAUCUCUCGUACGAGUUUUCUGCUGUCCUGACCGCAAUCCAAGACAAGCAGCCGGAACUCGACCUUCCAGCAAUCCGCUCGGUUGUCAGCGACAGCAAGCAGGAUAUCCUUUUCCAGCUGGAAGAAGUGAGGAGUCUCAUCCGCUCGCAG